AUAUUGUGAUGAAAGAGUAGAUGAAGUUGAUGAUGACGAUGAUGAUGAUGAUGAGUUUGGUGAUGUGAGGGGAAUGCUUGAAAAUAUCGAUUCACCUCCCACUCUAGCAGAAUGCGAAAAAAAUGCAGAUCGAUGCAUUCAAAUGGUGAAAACUCGAUUCGACAUUCGUUUGAGAUCUCUCUGUGCCAACUAUCUUGGGAGCAGUAGCGAACGAAUCACUAUCAACAUGUCCGAGCCACAGCAAACACUUUAUGAAGCUAUUAUUCGAUAUGACAUUGAUUCUGUAAGAAUUCAACUGGUAAACAAUGUCAAUCCAAAUGUUUUCCCUAAUAAUCCGACAAUUACACCACUCAUUUUAGCUGCGAGACUAAAGUUCUAUGACAUCGCAAAUGAACUAUUGUUAUUUGGAGCUGACGUGAAUGGGGUUGAUGAAUUUGGACGGACUGCGUUGCAUGUUGCAGUGGACAAUAAUGAUGAGGCUACCGUCUAUAUUCUUAUGUUUCAUAAUUGCAAUUUAGAAAAAUAUGACAAUGUUGGUAUAACUCCUCUUGGAUUGGCUGUGGAGAAAAAUAACAUCUACAUGGUUCGCUAUUUAGUUGCACAUGGAGCAGUGGUUUAUAAGGAAGAGGAUGGAAUUGAACUUCCACCCCUCUCUCUUGCUGCUUGCCUUGGAUAUGCUGAUAUCCUUCAAUUCCUGCUGAGUGUGGAAGAGGGCGACAGCAUUAAGAAGAGAAUGCAUAUGAAUUUUGCCCUCUGUAUGGCCAUCGAUAAAGGCCAAAUCGAAGUAGCAAGGCUCUUGAUUGAUUACGGUGCACCAUUAGGUCGUUGGGAUGAAUCUGAAUUAUCUCCUUUGGAAUAUGCCAUUAUUGGAGAUCAGGAAGAUAUGGUUUCACUU